UGAAAGUCGGAGAUAUCGUUUACCUGCAUUCGCUCUUAUUUGUUUCUUUUUUUGAACAGUUUUUGGUGAUGUUUACAUGAGUUGAACUGACUUUGUUGUGAUCUUAUUCGGAGAUUUAUUUUAUUUUAUGGUUUCUUCCAACUGUAGUGCCCUAGUUGCCGAUGGAAGAGUGAUGAUAUGGAUUUUUUCCCGGAUUGGUUAAGAACGUCGUAGCUUCGAGAUGCAAGGAACAGCGCUGAUGCCCCACAACCCCCAGCAAGGUUUCCCACCACCACCUGAUACAAUAGUUUCAGAUAUGGAAACACCUGCGUCACCAAAUGAUAUAACCAAAGAAGCAGCCAACAAAAGCGACUCGGGAAUAUUCUCCUCUACAACGAACACCACCAUCGAACCCACGGACAACUCAAAAGCCUUCGACAGCGGCGACAACCGCAGCGAUUGCUCAUCGCCAGAACGCAAGUACUUUUGCCCCAUCUGCGAAAAGAUGCUGACGUCGCAACACCAAUUCACGCUCCACAUCAGAUCUCACAACAACGAAAACGAAGUACAGGAUAUAGAGAAGGGGUAUACUUGCAGAAUCUGUUCCAAAGUACUCAGUUCCAACAGCAGUCUAGACAGACACGUUCUAGUUCACAGCGGAGAACGACCAUUCCAUUGCAAAUACUGCGGAGACACUUUCACAACGAAUGGCAACAUGCACAGGCACAUGAGGACUCACUCGCAACGAAAUGAGAGCAGCUACGAGUCUGACGGUAGUGUGGACAGUGGCAGUUCCAAAAGUACCGAGUUCAACAACAACAAAGUUGAGAAAAAUAAACGGAAGAACGAAAGCAUCGAUACCUGCGACAAAAAACCAAAGCUACAAUUAGAUAUAGAUACGUUCCAGUGUCCAGUAUGCGAAAGAAGCGAUUUUAACUCACCUCUCAAUCUCGAAGCACAUUUGGAAGAUAAUCAUCCUGAUUAUCCUACUAAAUGUCAUAUUUGCGAAGAACCUUUUCCUAACAGCAAACUUUUGAAUGCACAUAAAGAAGCAGUCCACGAACACGCUACAACCAAACAACCUGUCAUUGGUUUCAAAGAUCUUACGUUCGUAGACUUCUCGAGCAAUAAAUUUCCAGACAUUGCUCGAAGAGAAUGCGAGAUAAACUUACACAAACCUUCCAGUGGCCUAAAGUUCCAAUGCAAGCACUGCAACAGAGCUUUUCCGUGUUCGAACUCGCUAAGUAUCCACGAAACCAGCUGCAACUCUCCAGUAUCUCUCCAAACUCCAAACAUGAAUGUUUCUCAACCUGAUAUACGAAGAAUGGAGUUCUUCAACAGACUGAACCUCGUUGAUAAUUCUCCGGAAAAACCAAGCGUUACAGCUUUGGCGUUUAACAAACUGAAAGAGCAUUUAGACAGAGGAGUGGACAACACCAAAGAUCUGGCUGAUAUUCAGUCUAUAUUAUCUAAUAUUAACUUAAAGAAGCUACAGACCAGUCAGACGGACAUACAUCCACAAACUCCUAAAGACAUUCUAGAAAACUCUAAUGAUUACCAGAAAAUCGAAGAAGAAGAAUCUCAAGACCUCUUUGCCGUAGAAUUUAGAAAGAUGAAAUUGCGGGGAGAAUUUCCUUGUAGGUUGUGCCCUGAGGUUUUUCCGAAUCUAAGAGCUCUAAAAGGUCAUAAUCGAAAGCAUUUAGUAGGAAGUUCCAACGGAACUUACUAUUGUAACAUGUGUCCAUACUCUUCCAUUGAUAAGAAUGCUCUCACUAGGCAUAUGCGUACGCACAACGGAGAUAGACCAUACGAAUGUUCUAUUUGCAACUAUGCUUUUACCACUAAAGCAAACUGUGAACGACAUUUGCGCAACAGACAUCUGAAAUCGACCAGAGAAGAAGUAAAGAAAUCUAUAAUCUACCAUCCAUCUGAGGAUCCAACAAAUGAAGAAUUGAAUAAACUGAUCUCAAAAGAUGAUAAGAAACUCCUACCGAAUACUCCUACCGAAGAGAAGAUGUCAUACUCGAUGAAAUUUUCAGACGUACUGAAUCAUAGUCCUAAGUUAAAACCAGAAAUUCCUCCCAUGUUUCCUGAUCUACAAGCACUAAAACCUUCAAAACCAUUCCAAAGCCUUAACGACAUCAAUAUUAUGCGAUCUGACAUUCCUAGACCUCUUAAAGUUCCAAAUGAUGUUCCUUACAUGCCACAGUACACACCAACCUUCCAAAACAAAAUCCAAGUUAAAGAUAUUAGUGCUUUGAAGGUCAAUAACUACGACAACGAUUCUGAUGACGACUACAUCGAAGAAGAGGAAGAGGAACAACCAUUAGAUCUGGUCUUAGAUUUAAGCAAGAAAAAAUCUCCAGAAGUCACUCCAAAGAUCGACGACGACGAACCACAAGACCUAACCAAAAAAGCGACUCCUCCAAUACAACAACAGUUACCUUUGAAUAUGAACCAAAUCUUUGCCCAACAACUACUGAAAUCUCCUCCAAAAAUCGAUCCAGCGGCUUUAUAUGCAACACAACUGGCACAACUGUAUGGCAGAAAUUUCUCCCUUCCAAGUUGGCCAGGGCUUCCAAUAAACCCUCUGUUUUUCUCAGCAGUCCAUCCCACUCUUUCCCAAAAUACUCAAGAGUUUAAAGAAAGAAUGCAACGAUUUCAACUUUGUGGAGGUUCCAUGAUAUCCGAGGAAAUGAAAAAUUUACCUUUACAAAGACCUUUCCAUCCCUCUCCACCCUAUCCUAAUGGCUUUAGAAUGGAACCCAAGCCAGAAGUAGCUCUGGAAAAUAAUUACUCUACUCCAAAGAAGCCAGAAGAACCGUUGAGUCUUAACAUCGAUCCAAACUUUCACGAUAAUUUAACCAAAUUACAAAGUCCGAUUCCCUCGAAUAAACCAGACCUAAUGCACUCUCCAAAUGCUGUUAAAAUGGUCAUCAAAAAUGGUGUCCUAAUGCCAAAGCAAAAGCAAAGAAGGUACAGAACUGAGAGACCGUUUACGUGUGAACACUGUUCAGCUAGAUUCACGUUGAGAUCAAACAUGGAGAGGCACAUCAAGCAGCAGCACCCACAGUACUGGUCCCAACGCCAAAGAAACGCAGUGGGCAAUCCUGGUAAAAAGCCACAUAUGGGUAUUAAGCCUAACUACUGCGACAUAACCAUACCGAACUACGACUUCAACAAAUACCAAAAAUACGAAGAUACCAAAGAAUUGAUUAGCGAUAAACUCAAAUUCUCUCUUUUGUCUCAACAACUAAACAGAACUGAGUAUAAAAAAGAAGACGACGAAGAUUGUGCUCUCGUUAUUGACGAAAAUGACGAAAAGCCAGAUCCGAAGAUAGAAGAGAACAGACAUGGGGAAGACGAAAGCCUCCAUAAGCCUAUCAAAAUUGAAGAGAGUCCAGACCUUGUACCUGUGUCCCGGCUUCUCGACAAUGCUUCUCAGCAGCAGUUCAAGGAAUAUUUUAAGAGAGAUGGAGAUGAACAAGAGGUUGGAUUAGCUAGCGAAGAAGAUGAAGAAGGACUUGUUGCCAGCGGUAGCACCAGCGAGGGAAACAUAUCAGGAACAGAUGAAAACAAAUCUGAAUCUGAAGUGGUCCAGCCAGUCAAGAAGAAAUCAGCAUACUCACUGGCACCAAAUCGUGUGAGCUGUCCUUACUGUAGCAGAAAGUUCCCCUGGAGUUCCUCUCUACGUCGUCACAUCCUCACCCACACGGGUCAAAAACCAUUCAAGUGCAGCCAUUGCCCUUUACUAUUUACCACCAAAUCCAAUUGUGAUCGCCACUUGUUACGAAAGCACGGCAACGCUGCUACAACUAUCCCAAACGAUACAUCGAACAACACCAACUAUUUGAUGAGAAAUGUUCCUGAGCGGCCGUUCAAAUGCUCGAACUGUCCCAGCAGUACGUUUUCUACUUAUUCCAAUUUAAAGAAGCACAUCAGUUGUAAACAUUCCACUAACGCUCAGGGAGACGAUAUCAAAGCUCAAGGGUAUGAAGCUGGAAGCUCAGAAGACGAGAAAUUACCUAAGGGUGAUUGGGAUAAACCACCAGUGUACAAACUUCCCGAUUCUAUGGUUCAAAAUUCCGAUCUCCCCUACAAGUGUCAUCUAUGUGAAGGCUCCUUCGCUGAGCGCCAAGAUGCUCUUGAUCAUAUCCGAGAAAAACAUAUUUCGGAGUAUGCUCUACUCAUGUCCAAAAAUGCUCUCGAAUCUGGUAAUCCUCCUCAGGAGGAGCAAACUACUAAUGACGACGACGACGUAGAAAUCCGCGGGAAAUUUCCCGACUACUCCAACAGAAAAGUGAUCUGCGCGUUCUGUAUGCGACGGUUUUGGUCCGCUGAGGACUUACGGCGCCAUAUGCGCACGCACACAGGUGAAAGACCAUUCAGCUGCGACAUCUGCAAGCGCAGGUUCACACUAAAGCACAGCAUGCUGCGACACAGAAAGAAGCACAACGUCAACUUCGAACACGACGCUACAGUGAGUGACGAAGAAGGCAACAACGGUUCUUCUCCGUCUUACACCAAGAGCGAAGCUAACUUCCCGCAGAAAACAGACGAGUCGGACGGAGCCGAAGGUGCUGAUCUGAUCAGUAAUUUGCUCGGUUUAAGGGGCUCGAUAAUCGACAAGGUUUUGGCCGCUUCAGCGGACGAUGCAGCCAAGCUACUAGGCGUCAAGAAUGGCGCUAAAGAAUAGUUGAAUUUUACUUUGAUAUAGUGAUUCUACUUUAGGUUUUAUUUGCGUUUGGGAAGGAAAUGUUCAUGUAUAUAGAGGUGGUUGUUGUAAGUAGAAGUGUGUUAUUUUCUUAAUAUUUUUAUGUAAAAAUUGUUGAUGAUGUAGUCAAGGGAUACUAGAAAAUUAUUUGUGAUGAUUAUUGAUAAAAAUCUAUUCGUAUUCGAUACGUAUAUAGGUAUAAAAAUAAAAUUGGAUAUUAGUAUUUUAGUAAAUAAGUAAAAAGGCAGUGAAACUACUUAAUUUUUUGUAAAAAUGUAUAGCAAAUAUUUUAUUUAAUAUAGUAAUCUUAUUUAAACAAUGAUUUUUAAUUAUGUUUACUUUAAAUUUAGAUUGUUACUUUUAGUUUUUCUUUAAAAAUUCACUAAUCUGACACUUAGUGUGGAUAAAUACCUACUUGUUUUUUCAUUACAAGAAAGAUUUGUUUUAGUAAAAUGGUCAUUUUACCUCGCAAUUUGCACAUAGCCCGCUAAGAAAUGAUUAUAAAUCAAUGGUACUACUCCAUAGAUUCUAUGGUACCAAUGGUACUACUUCUAUUAUGCUUCUCUUGAAGUUUCUAGUGUCUUUUUGAAGAAAUGUUUCCUUCUAAACCGGUCAUAGGCCAUUUAGCAGUACUGUGACAUCUGCAUAUCUCAGGAUUUGUCAUCAGCUAUUCCUCAUAUACCUUUUAGGUCUUUCAAAAAUCCCUAUAAGAUUUUUUCAGCUGUUUUUUGUACUUGCCUAAUUAAAUUAUUAAUAUUUUGAUCAUAAAAUAAACUUUCAAUGUUAUUUACUAUAUUUAAUAGGAAUUGGCCAAAAUUUUAAUUUAUAAUCGUUUAUUUGCAAUAAAUAAACGUAUUUUCGAUUAAUACCAUGGAUUUUUCCUUCUAAAUAAAGUAGGUAAUAUACAAAUGCCACAAGUAAACAAAGAAACAAUAUUACUACUAUAUCACCUUUAAAAAAUUCCCCAUGCUCAUGGUUCUCUUAAGAGGAUAUGCGCAAAAUUUUGGUCAAUGCUAUUUAAAUGCAUUCAUUUUUUUUAAUCUUGAGAAAACUAAUAAGUAUUUUUGAAAAAUUUGUUUAUUUUAAUAAGUUACAGGGGUGAAAAUAAGAAAAAAUUUAGUUGGAUUUUUAAUUUCAAAUAUUUCAUUCAAAAGAAACUUUUUGUUUAUUCUAAGGGACUUUCGGCCCUCGGUAAUAAUGUGAUCUUUCAUUCUGAUUUUAAAUUUUUCAAAAAUAUUUAUUAGUUUUGUCAGGAUUCGAAAAAAAAUUUACCUGUUAAUAACGUCCAAUAUAUGUUGAUAGAUUUCAGUAGGUCAGUAAUUGAAGUUAAAAUCAGUAGGUCUACUGAAAAAUCCGUAGACCUGGUAACCCUGAACAUUAUAAGCAUUAACUCUUUAAACUCCUCCAGUUUUGUGACGUGGGACUUGAGCUGUCUGAAAUGAAAACGUGUUUUUAAAGGUAUUUUAACGUCAUUAAUCUUACGUAUUUAAAAUCACCUACAAAAGACGUUUAUACGACGUAAUGAUCAAACACGUGUAUAUAUUCAACCAAAAACUGACGUUUCCUCGACGUUAUUAACGUCACUUGGUUGCCUGGGAUGUUCCAAACUUGAUUUCUAGAACUUGUUUUGCACAUUAUCAUGUUUUUAUCCAUGGCACUUGCAAUGACAUUCAAUUGCAAUAAAGAAAUUUGACUUGGUGGAACUGUGAUGACAUAAUUGUCAUUGACAUCCUUAACAUAAGAGGGAACUGUUAUGCAACCACUGAAUAAUUUUUGGAUGUAUUAAACCCACUUGCAAAGUCCGAGGACAUAAUGAAAAUAAUUUAAAGAUUAUUGCAUCAGCCUCACGUUCGGUAGUGGACAGAAAAGGAAAGAUAGGCAAAAAGGACGGAGUCUAAAAGGUAAUGUUCAUGAAGGUGGCCUUAUGAGUCAGCUGUCAGUUGUCGGAUCAUAGUUUUUAUUUUUACUCUUACUAUUUUACUGUUUUUUGUCAGAUUUAUUUUGUCGAUACCGGUACCAGUUUUAUUUGAACAUUCCUCUAAUUUAGAUAAGUACAAAUUAUCCUUUGCCUUAUUCUGGUUUGAUUUUAUACAAAACCUCUUCAACUGUCUCAUUUAAUUAUCAUACCAGUUGGUUUUUGUAUGGGUAUUGCUUGAUUAGCUAAAAUUUUCCAUGAUCUCUGAAAAUUACCUACUAACACGGGCACUGUGCCAGCUUCGAUUAUUUUAUUUAAAAACAUGGUUUUCUUAUAAAUUAUUAUAAAUAUUAAUCUCACUAUUUUUUAUAGUGUAAAACAAAUGUUCCUUGCUAUAUAAUAUGGAUGUACCUACUGGACAUUUUUCCUGAUAUACCUAAUACCUAGAAUAUCCAGUUUUAUUUCUUAAAUAAGUAGUUCAGUAGCUCAAGCGUUUUUAAUUUCAAAUCUGUAAUGUUGUGAACGUUGUUUGCCUGUAACUGCAAACAGUUUGAGUUUUGAGAUACUGAACUAAUAUUAAGGGUGUAUUUGCAAAAAAUAUUAGUGUUUCAAUGAAAAUUGUUACAAUUUUUAUAUUGUUUGGAUAUAAAAAAUCCCCUUAUUUAUUUUUAAACGAAUCUAACCUCACCUAACCUAAAAAUAUUGUUAAUUUUCUUAAAUACGUUAAAACUGUACUUCUAUUGGCAGAUAUUUCAACAAAAAACACAAAUAACAGCUAAAAUAACAUGCAAUAUAAAAUUGAAGCAAUACUCUUACAUAAUUUUGGAAAUGAUAUCAUAGAUAUAUAAUACUCUAGAUUGCGCCCUGCGAUCUUAAAAUGGGUGACGGUUGCGACAGAGAUAAAUGAGCCUAUUUGGUCGGUAGUCUCUUUUUAAUUUAAGGGGAAUAUCGAAGACGUGAAUAUCCCACUUUAUCGAGUAAAUGUGUUGACAGUUCAAGCGGGUGGUGACGGG